AACCAAGUUCGGUCAACGCGUUCAUAACACUCAUAAAUGCUGUCGCUCACGCUCCGGUGUGGGGCCGAGUAUUUUCUCGACGGCCUGCUUGUCGAGACCAUCCUCUCGAAUCUCGGUGCCACGGAUCUCGCCGCCGUGGCCGCGUCGUGCUCCUCUCUGCGGCGGCCUUGCGAGGCGGUGGCGGCAACAAGCCUGCGGCUGCUGCUCGUGCGGAUGCAAACGGAGCCCGUGAGAGCCGAGCUCGUGCGCGGAGCGAUUGCCCGCCUGAUGCUCUGGGAGCUCAUCGCGGCCGACUGCCACCUCUGGCUGCAAGCUGACGAGCGCUACCUCACCCUCGCCGAGCGCUUUGGCACCUCCUACGUGCAGGCUUGCGCCGACCGCUCCGGCUCGGGCCAUGGCGCCUACUCGCACCUCAACGGCCCGGAGUUCCUGCCGGACGCGCUGCACGGCUGCGGCGUCUUCCUCUUCGAUGGCGCGCCCGCAGCCCCGCACCGCCCGCUUCCACCGCCGACACGGGCCCAGUCCGCCUCCCAGUCCGCCUCCCAGUCCGCCUCCCAGUCCGCCUCGCCUCUGCGCACCGCAGGCGCGGCCGUCCUGAAGACGCGCCCCUUCACGGAGCCCAUCCCUCAGCCGAUCACGCUGAUGGUGGUCGCCAAGGCCCGCGGCGACACGACCAUCAUCGACGCGCUCGGCACCUCCUCCUCCCGCUUCGAGCUCUGCCACGGCUACCCGACGGGCUGGCACCCGUCGCCAGAGAUCUGCAUCACCGCCUCGGGGCACGACGCGCCCCCGCAGCGGUCUCUGCGAGGAUCGACCCGCGGCACCGGCGAGUGGCAAUUUUACCCCCCCUUUUUUGACGCGGGGGGCAGGGAGCUUUACGUGGAUGGCUCCUGGGAAACCCCGGCCAAAAGUGCCCCCCUUUAA